AUGGUCGCUCCGGCCAUGGAGGGCGUCACCAAGGAUCUGAAGAUCACUAACACGACCGUGGGAACCUUGGCCGUUAGUAUCUAUCUACUAGGGCUUGCAUUUCGACCGCUCAUCAUCUCCUCGCUCUCCGAUAUGUACGGGCGUCUCAUCAUUUACCACACAUGCAAUUUCAUAUUCGUUAUUUUCAUUAUCGCCGGCGCCCUGAGUCAGAUUACCGCUCAAUUUAUUGUCUUCUGGUUCAUAACUGGCUGUGCAGGAGCGACGUCACUCUCACUUGGUGGUAAAACGAUUGCGGAUGCCAUCCCGAUCGAGAAGCGUGGUGCAGCGGAGGCUUUCUUUGGUCUGGGCCCCCUUCUGGGACCGGCUCUGGGACCGGUGAUUGGGGGCUUCGUUGCCGAAGGAAAGGGCUGGCGAUGGACCUUUUGGGUGGUCGCGAUCGCCGGAGGAGCAGCGUCUAUCGGGACGCUCGUCUUUAUGAGCGAAACACGCCCCAACACCUUGAUAGAAAGAAAGGCCUCAUACUUACGACACACAACCGGGAAUCCCCGCCUCCGGUCGAGACUCAUUCGCCCAACCAAGCUCUUCAUAUUCUCGCCAAUUGUGCUCGUCAUAUCGGUCUAUGUGGCUCUUAUAUUCGGCCUUCUAUAUCUUCUGUUUGCUACGUUUAGCAUGGUCUUCGAAUGCCAGUACGGAUUCAGGACGGGCGUUUCCGGUCUGGCAUACCUAGGCCUAGGCGUGGGUGAGUUGUUGGGGCUAUUCAUAUUCGGCAUCCUUAGCGACCGGCUUAUGAAGGCGAAAAUGGCAGCGGACAGAGUCAAGGUACCUAAGCCUGAGUACCGCCUGGUCUUGAUGAUGUGGUUCCCGCCAGUCAUCGGACCUGGUUUGUUUAUGUACGGUUGGUCGGCUUAUUACAAAGUGCAAUGGAUAGUUCCGAUCCUUGGUACAUUCAUCGUUGGAUUUGGGUCCUUCUUCGUCAUCAUGCCAUCCCAGCUGUAUCUGGUGGACCUGUUCGGAUCAGAAGCGGCAGCAUCUGCGCUAGGGGCCAGCAUUCUCCUGCGAUCGCUGUUCGGAACCUUCUUGCCGCUUGCUGAGUCGCAUAUAUAUUCUGUCCUCAACUACGGAUGGGGCAAUACGCUGCUAGGCUUCCUGGCGCUUGCAUUUGCACCCGUGCCUAUUCUGCUAUAUCGGUAUGGUGAAGGGCUCCGAAGUCGGACGACUGUGCAGCUGUGA